AUGGCGUUCCAGUCGAUGCUGUCGGGCGCCGAGUGCUCGGCAUCGCAAAAUCACUUGUCGCAGUUCCUGAAACAUACGCAGACAGACAGGUCCCUCCAGCAGGAUGCCGUGCAGACGCAGCCGGGCAUGAUGCAGCGCCCUGGAUUCCGCACGCGGCCGGGUGGCGUUGGCGGUGGGGCGCAGGACAUGGACGCCUUUCUGCGGCAGCCGCCAGCGACGGGCGCGCUGCCCUUCGAUAUGCAUGCCAUGCGCUCGGAAAUGGAGGCCAUGCAAAUGCGCGCGCCGCCAUCGAGUGCGUGGGCACAGGAGAUGCAGCAGCGACCACCGGCGCCGGCGCCAGGCCGGCCGAGUGCGUGGACGGAGCAGUUUCACGCGCAGCGGCCGCCGCCCACGGCGGAGGAAGCAGCGCCGAUGCGUCUUGGCAUGCAUGCAGCGGGACCUGGCCGCUUUGGCGGCGGUGUAUACGCGGGACUCGCCAGCUAUGCGCCACCAGCCGCGAGGACCACUUUGGAGCCGGCCGCUCCUCGACUCGCGGAGUGGGACGACGCCACGUGGGACGAGCAGUUUCGUCGCAUGGAGGCUGAGGCGGCGUCAGCUCCAGCGGCCACCGACAAGGGCAAGCAGCGCGAGACGCAGAACGACGAGGACGCCGAGCUCCAUGAGCUGCGAGAGAUGCAGGCGCGGCUACGAGAUGAAGUGCACGAUUCGAAUCCCCGUUUCGAAGAGCUGUGGAAUACCCUGAAGGACCCGAGCCUGCUGGACAAGUCGGACGAGCUGGCCAAGUGGGAACGAGAGCUAAUGGAGGCGGUGGCGAACGAGGAUCCACUGGCCUCGACGCAUCCAGGCGGCGGCCUGGGCCCGGGUGAGCUGGGUCUGUCGGAAGAAGACGGCCUGGGCGAGGCGGAAGCCAGGCUGCGGCGCGAAUGGCUGGGCGACGUGGACGAGGCUGGUUUCCCGAGGCUGGGCACUUACGAGUACGAGGCCCACAAUCCGUUUGCGGGGCAUGCGACGCCGUAUGCGGAGGGCAUGCGCUUACUCGAGAACAACGGCAGCUUGACGGAGGCGGCGCGUCUUUUCGAAGUCGCGACGCAGCGCGACGUCGAGAGUCAGCAGGUGUCGGACGAGAUUGACCUCUCGCGGGCCGAGCGGUCGCGUGCAUGGCAGCGGCUGGGCGAGUGCCAUGCUAUGAACGAGCAUGAAGAAAAGGCGAUUCAGGCGCUCGAAGAGGCCGUGCGCAUCGACUCGUCGAAUCUUGAGGCGCUCAUGUCGCUCGCCGUGUCGUACAUCAACGAGGGGUAUGACCAGGCAGCGAACGUGACGCUGCUCCGGUACUUGGCACGCUCGCAUCCGCACCUCGCUCCGUCGCCCGAGUUCCCUGCACUGCCGAACGAGCACACGGAUCCCUGGGCACGCGUCAACUACGUGCGCGACCUCUUUCUGCAGGCCGCGCGCAGAGACGCAGCCCGCGGCACCAUGUCGCCGGACAUCCAGGUGGGACUUGGUCUGCUGUACUACUCGACGUACAGCUAUGAGCAGGCGAAAGACUGCUUCCAGGCGGCGCUUGCGUCGCGGCCGAACGACUGCCAGCUGUGGAACCGGCUGGGCGCGACGCUCGCGAACGGCGGCAACUCGGAGCUCGCGACCGAUGCAUACCACCGCGCCUUGGAACUGCGUCCUUCGUUCACACGCGCCAUCUACAACCUGAGCGUGUCGUGCAUGAAUCUCGGCGCGCACCACGAGGCGGUCGAACACUUGCUCUCCGCGCUGGCACUGCAGCGGUCGCAGUCGAUGCCCGACGCACCUGACUCGGCGUCCAUGCCUCUGUCACACGCCAAGGAAAGCGAGGGCUUGUGGAAUACCCUGCGCAGCACGCUGCUCGUGAUGAACCGCGCAGACCUCGUGCCGUCGUGCCGCGUCGGCUCGGAUCUCGACGUGUUCCGCCAAGCCGGCUUUGACUUUUAA